AUGAAUCACGUUGAUUGGCCAGCAGCUCAUCAGUGUCAGAAGAACAAGAGAAAAGCGGCGCUUGGUGUGUCAAAGCUCGGUCAUUAUUUCUCACGGUCCCUUCCUACUCCUCUAGCGGAGGAAAGUGGGCGGUUGGGUGGCGCUAGGAGGUUCCUUCGGAGACCUACCAAGCGGCUAUCAAGCGAAGCUGCCGAGCAAGCAGUGGAGCAGUUCCCGCAAAGCCACGGGUUUCAUGCGUUGACUGGGACGGUCACCGUACCGUCAUCAACAGAUUGUGACAGUGACAAAAUCAGGAAAGCCGCUUGCCAAGAACUCCCAUCCGGUCUUCUAUUCUUCAGCCUUUGGGGCCAACAACCCGGAAUGCCGCUUCCGCUUGGGUAA